AUGAUGAAGACUGGUUUCGUUGGGGGGCCAGCAGUAUUUCCAGAGGAGAAUGAAAGGGAUGAAUUGACUUCAUCAAGUGAUUCUGAAAGUGAAGAGCAGAAAAAAAGCAUUGAACGAUUGCCAGAGGUGACGCCACCAGUGAACUUUCGCUGCCUCCCAGAGCCUGAG